AUGAAUAAAUGUGAGCAAAAAAGUAAAAUUGCCUCUACUCUUAACAAGCCUGUGUGCUAUUCAUUAGAAGAUGAGCUCUGUGAUGAUAAGAUCCCUGGGACUUCUUCAGUGGUUCAGAGAAGAUGGAAGCCUCUUUAUCCUGCUACCCACACCCGGGGAGGGCCAGGCCAGCAGACUAAAUCUCGAAUUAGUGCUGUGACUGCAGAAAUCAAACAAAUUAGAGCUAGGAGGAAAACAGCACGGAUGUUAAUGGUGGUCCUUUUGGUGUUUGCCAUUUGUUAUCUUCCAAUUAGUAUCCUCAACAUGUUAAAGAGAGUGUUUGGGAUGUUUGCCUAUACAGAAGACAGAGAGACUGUGUAUGCCUGGUUUACAUUCUCACAUUGGCUUGUCUAUGCCAACAGUGCUGCAAACCCAAUUAUUUAUAACUUUCUCAGUGGAAAAUUUCGAGAGGAAUUUAAAGCAGCAUUUUCUUGUUGUUGCCUUGGAGUUAACCCUCGCCAGGAUGAAAGACUUGCCCGGGGACGAACAAGCACAGAGAGCCGGAAAUCCUUGACCACCCAAUUCAGUAGCUUUGAUAAUGUAUCGAAACUUUCAGAACAUGUUGUACUGACGAGCAUAAGCACACUCCCAGCAGUAAAUGGAGCUGGACCACUUCACAACUGGUAGAAUAUUUAUUCCUACAUCAAGGAUAGCUUAAUAAAAAGUCUAUGUGCAUUGAAAUCUGAUCAUCCAAAGGUAAAGCAAGAGUAUGAGCCCAACAUAAAUGUACAGCUUUCAACUCAGAGUUAACAAAGUUGAUUCCUAUUUAUAUUUCCAGGUUACAGAAAGUUAUCAUUUUAAUGAUAAUUAAUAUAUUUUGAAACCAUUGUUGAAAACAUUAAUGUCAACAAUUUGCUUACAAGUUAAAGAGUUAUUACUUAAUAAUAUUUCAGAUGCAGGAUACAUUAAAUGAAUAAUUUCUAUAUUUAUUCACUUUAAAUUGUCUAAUACUUUUAAUCUCUUACUUUCAAAAGUGAGGAUGUUAAGUGAUUUAUUUCACUUCAGAAAGUAGCAUUUAUCCUAUUUAAUUGCUUCAGAUGUAUUUGAUAAUUUAAAAUUAAAUUUCAAACAUAAGAAAUGAGACUUCCAAAGGACUAUCUGAAUAAAAAAUAAUUCUAUUAAAAUAAUAUGAUAUCUGACUGAAAUUCCUGUCUCUAUCACACAUAAAGUGGGUGAAUAUGAUGAAGUCAUAUAACCAUUUAUCAUUCUCUUAUCCCUAGGAAGCUAUAAGUACAGAUGAGAAGCCCAAUAAUUUUGAUAUAGAACGUUUCCACAUUAAGAGUUUUCUUUUUCACCAAUGAAAACAAAAGUUGCCCCUCAACAAUUCUG